GGACCAAUUUCGUUGCCAAGUACACAACCGGCACGUGUAGUUUGAUCGUGUAAACAAGUAGAUCUAGAUCUAGAAUCUAUAUUAGACUAGGAAAAAUAGCGCAUACUAAUCUAGCCUAUAUUAUAAUAUUACCUAGAUUAGAAUAUAUUUUGUAUAUUUAAAAAAAUGCACGACUAUGAAGCUAUAAGAAAAAAGAAUCUAGAAGAUAAUAAAAGAAUUUUAGCAUCUUUCGGAUUAUUGGAUCCGUUUAAAUCAUUACCAAGCAUUAUAAAAAGAUGCAAUCAGCCAACAUUGAUUAAACCUGCUGAGAAAUCAAGGAAAAGAAAAGCUUCUUCAGACUUUGACAAUUUUGUGGGUGGCUCAAUUCAUGGCUCAAGACGUAAAUCUGCUAGACUCCAAGGAAAAGUGGUUAGUGAAGUUUCACAAUCUUUAGAUCAGGAUGUAGAAUCAGAUGAGGACAAGAAAUCUGUAAUAAAAGUUCAGGCCAAUAGGCCAAAUUUUCAUGGAGCUGUCCCAGACAUUGAAGUAGGCACUGUGUGGAGUACCAGGAUGGAAUGUUGUCGUGAUGGUGUUCACAGACCAACAGUUGCUGGCAUUCAUGGAGGUGAACUUGGAGCCUACUCAAUUGCUCUGUCUGGUGGCUAUGAAGAUGAUGUUGACUUGGGAGAAUGUUUUACUUACACUGGAGAGGGUGGUAGGGACUUAAAAGGUACAAAAGCUAAUCCUAAGAAUCUUCGAACUGCACCGCAGUCUAAAGAUCAGGCACUUACCAGGGGUAACUUAGCUUUAAGCAAGAAUGUUGAAACAGGAAAUCCAGUACGUGUCAUUCGAGGUUACAAGCUAGACAGUCCUUUUGCACCAGAAUCUGGUUAUCGAUAUGAUGGUUUGUACAGUGUUGAGAAAAGUUGGUUUACAAUUGGUCUUUCUGGAUAUGGAGUCUGGAAAUUUGCUUUAAAGCGUUGUGGUAAUCAGGCACCACCACCCUGGACAUUCACCUCAGAGCCUGGGUCACCUGAAAAAAAAAACAUUGAUGAGCCAGAUGUAGAAACCACACAAAAUUCAACUGAUGCUGACACAACCAAAAGUGCAUUUAGAAAUGCAGACUAGCUUUAGUGACACGCAGUGUUUUAAAUUAUAUUUUGCAAGAACUUAAUUUCUUAUGAAUUAAUUGCUUGACUUUUAGUGGGUAAAAUCAACCUUUGUAAAAUUACCAUAAUUUUAAGUGAUAUUUCGUUCCAAAAAUGAUAUAAGACAGCUAAACAAAAAGUUGGAAAUUAAUCCACUCGCCAAAUGCCUUAUACUUUAAUCUUAUUUACAAUGCACCUUUUCCAUACUAUUACUUUAGAAAAUUGUAAUUCUGUAAAAGUAAAAUCAGGUUAGCGUAAAUUUAUAAUAUAUCAUUUAUAAUACAAAUAUUAUUUGUUUUAAUCUUUGAAAUCCAACAUAUCAGCUUUUAAUCAUCUCAAACUAGACAAUACUACUCAUUUCCUGGUAGAGUUAAUUUUAUUUGGUAAAUUCUUUUUCAAUCCAAAGUUAAAUAAUGUGAAAAAUUUGUUAAAAGAAUCUGUUUUAAAAUUUAAUUAGAGAUCGAAAUAUUUUGACUAAACAUUAAGGAUCAUAAUUUUUCUCAUGGGCUACAUUGAUACAUCCAGAUUGUUUUCAUUUUACUGUCUUGAUUUUGUGUUGCUAUGAAAUGUUAGUGAUCAUUUUGUUUUAACUUACUCCAUGCUUUGAACAAAUGUACUUAACCAAAUUUGUACUAAAUAAACUGUGUAUAUAUUUUCUUU